UGUACCCCCAAAAAGCACAGGUGUUGAUAUCCCUUCCAAGAUCUCCCCGCCAUAAUUUUUAUUUACUUCCCUACCACUCCACGACACUUUGGCCAUGAACUCACCGAGGGGCUUCUAAGAAUUGAGAAUUUGUUGCUCUGUAGUGUUACGAUUUACGACGUUAUCCCCCUCGCUUUCAAGUCCACGCAGAACCCCUCCUUCAUUCAAGCGUCAUUGUGGUAUAUGGCCAGAUGUCUGAUUACCAGCUCUACCACGCAUUAGGGUCCGGCAGGCCUGGGGAGGAUCCAUUGCACCCAGAAGUUCCUCCGAACCAAGCACCGAAUCAGUUUCGUCCGCCGGUUGCGCCGUCGCCUUACCAACAAGCUGGGUCGGGAUAUGGCGAUGGCCACCAGUAUCAACAACCCCAGCAGUUCCAGCAAUACCAACAGCCCCAGCAACCCCAGCAACCCCAGCAAUAUAACGAAGUCGUUUCUCCUCCAACUCAGUUUAGUCCGACCUCGCCAUAUCCACAAGGACAGGGACAGGGCUUUGCUCCGCAGCAUUUAGGUGGACAGCCUCAAGAUGGUGGUCUGGCGCAGCAAAUGGGGGGACUUGGGCUCGAGGAACCCGCGGCCCACGGGAGGAAGAAGAAGAAGGACCGCCAUGCAUACCAUUCUUUGGAGGCGCCAGGUGGCUCUUCCGCUGCGUUCAAUGGCAUCCCGCCCGCUGGCACCUCGCAGACCGAUUUCCUCAAUGCCGACCCAUCAAUACAUGGCCACAACGUGAGCCGACCAGUCACUCCACUCAUGUCUCAAUUCCCAGCGCAGGCCAGCGCUCCAUUCAACCCUGCCAACCCUGCUAUGAUCGACCCAAAUGCCAGACCUUUGGGCGACGCAGUAUUCAGUGGUGACCCAGUGCAAGCUUCGGCGCAAGGAAAGGUUGACCCGGACCAAAUUCCCAGCAUUCCAAGGUCAAGAGACGUUGUAGCGCAGUAUUAUCUGGAGAACGUUUACCCGACAUUCGAGCAUCAUCUGCCACCGCCCGCGGUGGUCCCUUUCGUGGCAUACGACCAAGGCAACUCCUCUCCGAAAUUCACACGGCUUUCGGUCAAUAAUAUACCCUCAAGCGCCGAGGGUCUAAAAUCGACUGGGCUCCCCUUGGGACUCGUCCUACAACCAUUGGCACCGCUGCAGGCUGGCGAGCUCGAGAUACCGGUAUUGGACUUUGGCGAAGCUGGCCCUCCCCGCUGCCAUAGAUGCCGAGCAUAUAUUAACCCAUUUAUGGUUUUCCGACAAGGGGGCAACAAGUUCGUGUGCAACAUGUGCACGUAUCCCAAUGAUGUCCCGGCAGAAUACUUCUGUGCAACGAACCCACAAGGGGCUCGCGUUGACAGAGAACAACGGCCUGAGUUGAUGAGAGGAACUGUGGAGUUUAUGGUCCCUAAAGAAUACUGGUCGAAACCACCGGUAGGCAUCAGAUGGCUGUUUAUAAUCGAUGUCACACAAGAGUCAUACAACAAGGGAUUUCUAGAAGCUUUCUGCGAGGGUAUUAUGAGUUCACUAUACGGCAAGGAUGUCCAGGCUCCAAGUGAAGGCGAACAGGCAGAUCCGAAUGCACACAGAACAAUCCCUCCUGGAGCCAAGGUCGGUUUUAUGACAUACGAUAAAGAGAUUCAUUUUUACAACGUGAACUCAUCUCUUGAGCAAGCCCAAAUGAUAGUCAUGCCAGACGUUGAUGAUCCCUUCGUUCCCAUCAGCGAUGGAUUCUUCGUAGAUCCCUAUGAGUCCAAGGACAUUAUCACAUCAUUACUAAACCACCUGCCUACUCUCUUCUCCACGAUCAAGAACCCCGAACCAGCAUUGCUCCCAACGCUGAACGCCGCUGUGGCAGCUCUCGAGAAGACAGGAGGGAAGAUUGUAUGCUCGCUAGCCGCUUUGCCAACGUGGGGACCCGGACGUCUCUUCCUUCGCGAUGAAAACAGGAUAGCAAGCGGAGAAGCCGACAAGAAGAUUGCGACGACAGAAAACCCUUUGUGGAAGAAAACCGCAGAGAGUAUGCUUCAAAAUGGGAUUGGCGUCGAUUUCUUCCUUGCAGCUCCAGGGGGAGGCUACUUAGAUAUUGCUACUAUUGGUCAAGUGUCCGCUUCGACGGGCGGAGAAACAUUCUACUACCCCAACUUCCACGCUCCGCGUGACACCGCCAAGCUCUCACAGGAGAUUAAGCACACGGUCACUCGCGAAACUGGAUACCAAGCGUUACUGAAGGUCCGCUGCUCGAACGGCCUCCAGGUCGCCUCCUAUCAUGGCAACUUCAUUCAUCACACCUUUGGAGCGGAUGUGGAGCUCGGUGUCAUUGACGCCGACAAGGCGAUGGGUGUGCUAUUCAGCUACGAUGGGAAGCUCGACUCCAAGCUCGACGCGCACUUCCAGAGCGCCCUCCUCUACACAACCGCUAGCGGCGAGCGUCGCGUGCGUUGUUGCAACGUCAUCGCAAGCGUUAGUGACAACGCAAAGGAUUGCAUGAAGUUCGUCGACCAGGACGCAGUCUACAACCUCAUUGCCAAGGAAGCUGCGACAAAGAUGGCCACGAACACCCUAAAAGACAUCCGCGCCAGCAUCGCCGAGAAGAACGUCGACAUCCUCGCCGGCUACCGCAAGAACUUCUCCGGCUCUCACCCUCCCGGCCAACUUGUCCUGCCGGAGAACCUCAAGGAGUUCAGCAUGUACAUGCUCGCACUUGUCAAGUCGCGCGCUCUCAAGGGCGGCAACGAACCCACCGAUCGCCGCGUCCAGGAUAUGCGCAUGCUACGCUCCAUGGGCGCCCUCGAGCUCUCCCUCUAUCUCUAUCCCCGCAUGAUUCCCAUCCACAACCUCGACCCCGCCGACGGCUUCCCCGACGCCACCACCUCGCACCUGCGCAUGCCUCCGGCGGCCCGCGCAUCCUUCUCGCGCGUUGAGCCGGGCGGCGUCUAUCUCCUCGACAACGGACAAAACUGCUACCUCUGGCUGCACGCACAAACGUCACCGAACCUUCUCGUUGACCUGUUUGGCGAGGGCAAGGACACGCUCAAGGCGCUGAAUCCGUUCGUGAGCUCGCUGCCGGUGCUGGAGACGCACCUUAACGUGCAGGUCCGCAAUAUCCUGGAGUAUCUGCGUACGGUACGUGGGAGCAAAGCACUUACAAUACAGUUGGCGAGGCAAGGGUUGGAUGGGGCGGAGUAUGAGUUUGCGAGGUUGUUGAUUGAGGAUCGGAAUAAUGAGGCGCAGAGUUAUGUGGAUUGGUUGGUGCAUAUUCACCGUUCUGUGCAGCUUGAGUUGACGGGCCAGCGCAAGAAGGAGUCUACGGGCGACAACUCGCUCGCUAGCAACUUCUCGGGUCUGAGGCCAUCGUACUGGUAAGCUAGCGCACGCGCGGCAUAUUGUCUAUAGAGAAAGGGGGUCGUAGGAGUCACUAACUAGCAUUGGCCGAAUUGGUCGGGUGGAGGUGGUGGAUAUCAAAGCCAACGCCCUGGGGCGUUUGAGUGUAGGCCAUAAUAGGGCCCAAGUAGGAGGGAAAAGCUAGGGGCAGAGAUAGAAGAUGAUGCAACGAAAAUGAUUUUGGACUAGACCGUCCCCACCACAGCCUCGUCGAUGUCCGUAGUCUGCUCGUAGUGCGUCCCGCCGCUCGCUUUUCGAAGUCCCAUUCGCAGAUGUAUACACGUCCCUGUAUUCCCCAACGCCCCUUUUUGCAUUCAUAUAGACCUUUCUUUCUUCCUCACCUGCUAAAAAAAAUCUAUACCUAUUAACUAAAUAUUUCUGCAUCGAUGGCACUGUUGAUCAUUUGAAGGUUUAUAUUCAUUCAUUUUUUUAAUAAAAAUACUCGGAAAUACAAGUAGG